AUGGUGCCCAGGAAGGGCAUUAGGUUUGAUGAAGAGAUUGUGUUGCAAACAUCUGGAUUCCAGCCAGGACUUGGAUUUGCUGGGGACAGCAGCCAGGGAUAGAGGACCAUGUGGCUGUCUCCAGCUCUGCUCCUCCUCUGCCUCCCAGGCUGUUUGUCCCUGACGGGCCCCCGCUUUGUGACGGGCACCGCAGGGGACUCCCUGACCAUACGCUGUUGGUACGAGAAUUAUUAUAAGGGGUAUAAUAAAUACUGGUGCCAAGGACAGUACGACACAGACUGUGACAAGAUUGUGGAGACCAAGGGAAAAGAACAAGAAGAGAGAAAUGGCCGUGUGUCCAUCAGAGACAACGCUGAUGACCUCACUGUCACAGUGACCAUGAGCAACCUCAGUGCAGCUGAUGCUGGAUCCUACUGGUGUAAAAUUCAGAAAGUGUGGAUCCUGGAUGCCUGGUCCCGUGACCCCUCGUUCCAGGUUCAGGUGUCUGUUUCCCCAGCACCUCGCACUACCACAGUACAGACCACGUGUCCAAGCACACCUCCCACGUCCCCGGCGGUGAUCGCUGAGCAGAACUGCAGCACCAGCCAAGCGUGUACCCACUGUCCAGGGGUUCUGCUCUGCACUGUCUACUUCCUGUUCCCGAUCGGCCUGAAGCUACCCCUGCUCCUGAGCAUGCUCGGAGCUGUCCUCUGGGUGAGCAGGUGUCAGAGGGGCUCCGGAGAGACGGAGUCAGCCUGACCAGGGGACUCCUCCACGCUGUGCCCCAGCUCCAGGAAGCCCUGUCCGGGAACUCAGCCCUGCAGACGGGACAAGAGAGACCUGCGGACUGCACUCCGGGGCAGGGAGGGGGGGCCGUGCCUGGAAGCUGGGGGACUCCAGCCUCCUGGGGGAAUUGUUCCUGUGCCUCGGGGAGGUCUGGACCUCAGAGAACACUCACUCUGGUCCCCAAGUGGGGAAAAAUGA